AUGGAGGUGGAGUCGGUCAAGUGCGAGUGCUGCGGCCUGCGCGAGGACUGCACCGGGGAGUACAUCGCCGCCGUCAAGGCGGGCUUCGGCGGCCGCUGGCUCUGCGGCCUCUGCUCCGAGGCGGUGCGCGACGAGGUGGCCGCCAAGAAGCGGGGCGACCUGGAGGGCGCACUCAGGGACCACAUGUCCUUCUGCGCCAAGUUCGGCAAGAAGGGACCCGCGUUCCGCGUCGCCGACGGCAUGCGCCAGAUGCUGCGCAGGCGGUCCAGCGACAUCUCCACCGCCGCCGCCGCCGCCGCCGCCGCCUCCUCCGCCGCCGCCUCAUGA